UCCAAGUUUUCUUGAUGCUGUGAUCAUGUUCAGAGUGUUUUUUUGAUUAUUUUGACUCUCCUUAGUCUUUUCAGUCUUUUCGGUUGUGUAACUUUGUUGUACGGUACAAAUUCAGGCUUUCUUAACUAUGUAAUUAACUUUAGUUUCCCCUGCGAUUCCACCACAAAUCAGGUACACUGUAAAACAGUAUUUGCUGUACGCAAUGGACAAGUUGAAUGCCAUCUCCACACUAUUUUUCGUCAUGGCGGAUGUAUUUGCCUUGGUGAGCUUAAUUCUUCCCGACUGGAUCGUCAGUGAUAUUGGCGGAGGUAGAACUCGCAUUGGACUGCUGGAGACAUGCUUCAUCAUUUACGGUCGUGAUCCCACAUGCGAAGCCUCAGUUUUGCCUACCGAGUGGACGUUCAGCUUGAUCCUUCUGGUGUUAGGAAUACUAACAUCCACUAUAACGUCCGUUCUGUUCGUUAUAUCGCAAUGGAGAUCGUCUGUGACAAAUGCGGCUCGCUGGAUUGGAUUCGUUGGCAUGAUAUUUUUUUGUUUGGUGGCUGUAACAUUUCCCCUGGGGUUUUCAAUGGAUGCCAUCGGUGGGGAUCCCUUCCAGUUGCCCAACAGCUUCCAAGUGGGGAUCUCGUACAUUUUAUUCGUGCUGGCACUUUGGAUUACCGUGGUGUCGGAGCUGAUCGCCGGAAAGGUCUGCUUACCUCACAUUCGAUAGAAUUGCUGAAUACACGUGAAUUAUUGUUCACAUUUAAAUUAUUAUGCUAAAUACUCUUCUUCUCAAGACGCUGCCUAUCGAGGAUGAAUCUCUUUUCCUUUGCAGUUGCGAAUUCGCAUUGAUCUGAUGUUACGAGUCUCCUUGUUUUCCGCUUUUAAAUUAUGCAUUGUAUUUUUUUAAUAAAUCCCAUUGGACUUGUUAGUUUGUGAUAUAUCUGAGAAAUUGUGCAGGGAUAUUUGUCUUGUUAUUCCAAGUACUGUCGUAGUGUUCUUAAAAAGACAGCAACGUGAACAGUGAACUGAACGGUAAUUAAAGAAUCUG